AUGGCAAAAAUCAGGGCAGUGCUUGACCAAGAAACUUGGGUUGAAGUACACGUGGCUGAGGAAUUUCAGGCCAUCGUCAGUUUUGUGUUUUGUUCUGAGCCUUUAACUACUGGGCAUACAGAUGACGCUCAAGCUCAGAGCAACAAUGCUAACAAUAAUGAACGCGGGAAUGCUUCCACUAAAACACUCAAGUUCGCGGGUGUUCAUUAUCACAUGGUAAACCGUGGCUUAAUUUUGCUGAAGAUGUUGUCAGAGUACAUUGAUAUUAAUAAUAAUUUGUCAGCACUGUCUUCAGAAGUUGUGCAUCGUGUUGUUGAAAUCUUGAAGUUUUUCAAUACAAGGACUUGUCAGCUUGUUCUUGGUACCGGUGCCUUGCAGGUGGCCGGUUUGAAAUCCGUUACUUCUAAGCACUUGGCAUUGGCAAGUCAGGUUAUCAGUUUUAUGGAUGGUAUUAUUCCUGGUAGGUGACGAGACAUAAAAAUUCUGCCAUUGCCAUAGAGUUGUUUCGUGUAGUCUUAUGUGAAUGUUUGUAAAUAUGCUAUCACAAUAUACUCACUUAACUACUUUUAAGUUUUAACAUUAAAUACGGUUCAUCCAUGCGACAAGUUACAGAUUUUAU